UGUGCUUUGGAAUUAUCUCGUACAAUGCACUUCGAUUCGUGUAAUGUAGGUUUGACUUACAGUUAGUGGUGGACCGGUUCUGCGAGUUCGUUUAAUUUUAAUGAAAACUACGUAACGUUUGAAAACUUUAUACCGAAUACGUUUGUUUAUAUUUUUGAAUUAGGGUAAGUUAUUUUUAUUUUUUGGUGAUUUUUUUGUUGUUGUUGUGAAUAUUGGUGAAUUGUAGAAAUAAGUGUCGAAGAUUUCUCGAUAGGUAAGAUAUCAAAAUGCCAAACUAUUCGGAUAACGAAGAAGAAAUUGGAGAUCUGGAUGAUGUGAUGGCGGAUUUAGAUUUAGAGACCAUUCCACCCGAAGUUGAAGAAUAUGCUAAGACUGAAUUGGGAGAAACCGAGGAAAUCAAAACUAGAACUAUUUCAGAAUUACAAGAUAUGAUUUAUGAAAAAGCCGAUAUAACGCCACAUAGGAUGGACGAUGAAUUUCUUCUACGUUUUUUAAGAGCAAGAAAUUACAGAGUUGAAUCAGCAUUUCGAUUGUUCGUGAAUUAUCAUAAUUUUCGAGAAAACAAUCCAGAGUAUUACAAGGAUGUGAAUCCGUUAGAUUUGGGAUUUAUCGGAGAUGCUGAUAUUUUAAGCGUAUUACCUUACAGAGAUCAAAAUGGAAGAAGGAUAAUGAUUUUUAGAUUAGGUAAUUGGAAUCCGAAUGAUUUCGAUAUGGAUGAAAUUUUCAAAGCAGCUCUGGCUGUUUUGGAACUCGGAAUUCUAGAACCCAGAGCCCAAAUUUUAGGCGGUCUUGUGAUCUUCGACCUUGAAAAUUUCGGUCUCCAGCAAGCCUGGCAUGUAACACCAUCAGUAGCUUCGAAAGUUUUGGAUCUGAUGGGAGUGAGUUUCCCUAUGAAAACAACCGCAAUUCAUAUCAUCAACAGUACUUGGGUAUUCGAUAUGGUUUUCGCAGUCUUUAAACAAUUUUUAAACACGAGAUACUACGACUUAAUUCAUAACCACGGUAAUGACGUAGAAUCAUUGCAUAAUUUUAUUGAACCGAAAUAUCUGCCAAAACGAUACGGUGGAAUUAGGCCAGAUUAUCCAUAUCGCGAAUGGUUCAAAAAUCUUUCAUGCAAUCCACUCAUCGUCAAAGAAAUGAAAAGCUUGGGUUAUAAUCGAAAAGAAGAUAGUGAAGGUAGUGAAGCUGAAGAAUGUUAAUUUAAUUGAAAUAAAACGUAAAUAAAUUUAAAAUAAUCAAGUACAUUUUUUAAAUUUAAUUAUUGCUCAAAAGAUUACGAACGUGUUUUAAAGCUUUUUACUAUCGUCUCGUAUUGUUUAUAGUGAAGUGGAAAAUGUGAUUAUAAAAUAGUUUUAUAAUAGUUUAUCGGAUGCAAUUUUUUUACGCUUAAUUAUUUAUAUAGAGCAUCACUUUUUGUAAAUGUAGUAUACGAAAAUUUAUUUAAAUAUAAUUUCAUUAAAUGAA